AUGCUAGGCCUCUCGUUGACGACCCCAACACCCGACGUGAGCGUGCUGUGCGAGGACCUCGCCAACGUUGGCUUGCUCAGCUCGGACGCAGAUUUCGAGGCACGAUAUGAGCUGCUCGGAGAACUCGGCCGUGGCGGGUACGCGGUGGUCUUCUCCGCGCGGCCGCGCAAGCCGCUCGCUUCGGACGAGCGAGCGGUCAAGGUGUUGGACAAGGUCCUUCUCGCGUCACAGGGUGGCGACUCGGCGCGCGUGGUGCGCCGCUUGCGCGAUGAGCUCCGCGUCUGCUUGGAGCUCACCCACCCUCGACUCGUCAAGCUGUAUGAGAUCGUCGAGACGCCGCACAGCCUGUACAUCGUGAUGCAGAAGGCGGGCGGCGGUGCCUUACUGGAGCGCAUCAUCGAGCGAGGCGCCUUCUCCGAGGAGGGCGCGCGGCAUGUUAUGCGGCAGGUUCUCGACGCGCUUUCCUUCAUGCACAAACACGGCGUGAUCCAUCGCGACAUCAAGCCGGAGAACAUCCUCCUCGAGGGAGCGGACGGGUGGGACGUCGUGAUCACCGACUUUGGUCUCGUUAAGAUCUUCUCCGACCAAGACUCGCUCGCGACCUGCGUGGGCACUCGCUUCUACCGCGCGCCGGAGCAAAUCUUCUGCGACGCCCCCUACCCGACCACCUACGGGGCGGGCGUCGACGUGUGGGCUUCAGGCGUCGUCCUGUACAUUCUGCUGUCGGGCACCUACCCGUUUGCCCCGCAGCACAUCCCGCCACCGCCGGUCGCUGCCCCGGCGAGCGACUCCUCGCCCGCCGCGUCUCCGGUGUUCGACGCGCCGCUCCAGCGCUUCCUCCGCUUCCCUCGAGAGCAGUUUGCAAACGUGAGCGUGGCGGCUCGGGCGGCGAUCACCGCCAUGCUCACCGUCGACCCAAAGGCGCGGCCCACCGCCGACGAGAUGCGCCGCCACCCGUGGCUGUGCGAG